GGACAAUAUCUGCUAGUGGAGGGUUUGGGCUGUUACAAAUAGUAUCAAAGUCAAACAUCAAGCGGUGAGCCAGCGAGGACGUUUGGGUUCCUAAGGUGGGUGGAUUGCGAAACAUUUCUUAUAAAGGUAUGGAAAUCUCUUCCUAGUAGACACGUUUUAAAACCUUAAGGGGAAGUCCAGAAGGGAAUGCUCAAAGAGGACAAUAUCUACUAGUGGUGGGCUUGAGUAUACCACCGAAGACCGGUGGACCGACCAUGUCUUUUACCCAAGGACCAGUCCCAAAUCUUAGCUGCAAGUUGGAAGACAAUUCCAUGUGCAUUUCAUAAUCCAUUUCCCAACUCCAUUGCCUCUUCACCGCUCAAAAGAUCAUUAUAAUUCUAACCUAUAUAUACACAUACUAAUUCUAUUUCCUGAAUCACAAAAACAAACCAACCAGAUCUUCCUUCAGAGUUCAAAAAUCGCCCUCCGAAGCCGAAAAUCAAAACAAUCCACGAAAUCAAAAUUCUCGAGAUACAUACCAUGGGAUUCCGCUUGAUAAACAGCCCUAGAAAAUCGUCAUCGACUGUUCCGAAGGGGUUUUUCGCCGUCUACGUCGGAGAGACCCAAAAGAGACGACAUGUGAUUCCGAUUUCUUACUUGAAGCAUCCGUCGUUUCAAGAUUUGUUGAGUAAAGCCGAAGAAGAGUUCGGAUUCGAUCAUCCGAUGGGAGGCUUGACGAUCCCUUGCAACGAAGAUGUGUUCUUCGAAGUCACUUCUCGAUUGGCGGCUAAUUGUUGAAGACGAGAAACUGAAACAGCCAUUCAUAGAUAGAAUGAGAAUCAACAAUUUUGUAUAGUAGAAAUUCGAUCCGUUUCCUUCCCUCGUCCUCUUGAAGGUCGAUUUGCGAAAGGGAAGUUGUAGACUUGCUGAAAAUUUGAGCAAUAAUUAAAAUCACUCAAUGAUUCGUUCUUCUUCGUUCU